AUGACAUUAUUCUUCUCGAGGAAUAUCCCUGAAGCGGAGACGAUUUUGAAAGAACUAAACGAAGUAGGGAAGCGGAUAAGACUAAGAAUUAAUCGGAAGAAGAAAGCUCAUGAAGAACGCUUUUUGGAGGAUCAGGAAAUGGAAUUAGAAUGCUCUCCAACUGCCUCAGAUAGGAGAUCAAUGUCUCGUCUUCGCGAACCAGAGGAUUACGCUAAGGCAAAACAUCGAUGA